AUGGCUAUCAAAAAAAUCUUCAUUUUUAUGGCAUUGGCUUUUGCAGUUGACGCCUUUAAAUGGAAACAUUGCGAAGACAACUUGCCCCUGAGGGUGGAUUCUCUGAGCCUCUCCCCGCAUCCCCUGAGGCUCAGGAAAGGACAAAAAGUUACGUUGGGAGGAAAGUUUCAUGUAGGUGAAAAAGUGGGAACAAAAUACAAGAUUGAUGCCACAGUAUGGAAAAAGGUUCCAGUAAUAGGAUGGUUUCAGGUCCCCUGUUUUGGGAUGUGCACACGGUCCAUUAGAUGCGAAGAGCUGGUUGACUUUCUGCAGGGGGCACAGUGCCCACUGGCGCCAGGCAAUUACGAGGUUAAACAACAAACACACUCUCUGCCCGACAUUCCCAUUCCAUCGUUCCUAAAAAAUGGAAGGUACAAAAUUCGAGCAAAAGUGAGAGAUGAAGACAGCAAAAAGCGCAUUUCAUGCCUGGAAAUGGAGUUAAAGACAAGAAGUUAA